AGCGGCAGCCGCGAUGGCAACCACCGUGACCUGCACCCGCUUCACCGACGAGUACCAGCUGUACGAGGAAAUUGGCAAGGGGGCUUUCUCGGUCGUGCGACGCUGCGUCAAACUCUGCACCGGCCAUGAGUACGCAGCCAAGAUUAUCAACACCAAGAAGCUCUCUGCAAGAGAUCAUCAGAAGUUGGAGCGCGAAGCCCGGAUUUGCCGUCUCCUGAAGCAUUCCAACAUCGUUCGUCUCCACGACAGCAUAUCUGAGGAGGGCUUCCACUACCUCAUCUUUGAUCUCGUCACUGGUGGGGAGCUCUUUGAAGACAUCGUGGCUCGGGAAUAUUACAGCGAAGCCGAUGCCAGUCAUUGCAUCCAGCAGAUCCUGGAGGCUGUUCUCCAUUGCCACCAAAUGGGGGUCGUCCACAGAGACCUCAAGCCGGAGAACCUGCUCCUGGCCAGCAAGUGCAAAGGCGCGGCGGUGAAGCUGGCGGAUUUUGGCCUGGCCAUCGAGGUGCAGGGGGAUCAGCAGGCUUGGUUUGGCUUCGCCGGCACCCCCGGUUACCUCUCGCCCGAAGUGCUGCGCAAAGAAGCGUACGGCAAACCCGUGGAUAUCUGGGCGUGUGGUGUGAUCCUUUACAUCCUGCUAGUCGGUUACCCUCCCUUCUGGGACGAGGACCAGCACAAACUGUACCAACAGAUCAAGGCUGGUGCCUACGACUUCCCUUCUCCCGAGUGGGACACGGUCACCCCCGAAGCCAAAAACCUCAUCAACCAGAUGUUAACCAUCAACCCGGCCAAAAGAAUCACAGCCCACGAAGCCCUGAAACACCCAUGGGUCUGCCAACGUUCCACCGUGGCCUCCAUGAUGCACAGGCAGGAGACCGUAGAGUGUCUGAAAAAGUUCAACGCCAGGAGGAAGCUCAAGGGGGCGAUUCUCACCACCAUGCUGGCCACAAGGAACUUUUCAGCAGCUAAGAGCUUACUGAACAAGAAGGUCGACGUUGGCAAGCCGCAGACGAACAGCAGCAAAGGCAGCGCCGGGGUCACCAGCCCGAAAGGAACCCUCCCUCCAGCUGCACUGGAGCCUCAAACCACCGUUAUCCAUAACCCCGUGGACGGCAUUAAGGAAUCGUCUGACAGCACCAACACCACCAUAGAGGACGAGGACACGAAAGCUGCCAGAUUCUCUGACAUUUUAUUCACAGUGAGGAGGGGCUCGGGGCCCCUGGAUGCCGAAGGGCUGCAACCUGCCACCAGCCAGCCCUGCCCAUCUCCAGCUGUCACAAACCCUCCGCCUCCCCAGCCCACCAAGUUCUCUGACAUUUUGAGCACGGUGAGGAAGGGCUCCAGGCCCCCAGACGCUGAGGGGCCACGGCCUGCUGGGAGCCAGCCCUGCCCAUCUCCAGCCGUGGCGACCCCUCUUGUUCCCCAGCCCACCAGGUUCUCUGACCUUUUGAACACAGUGAGGAGGGGCUCCGGGCCCCCAGACACUGCCGUCAGCCAGCCUUGCCCAUCUCCAGCCGUCACGAACCCUCUGCCUCCGCUGCCCCGCAAGCAGGAAAUCAUCAAGAUCACCGAGCAGCUGAUUGAGGCCGUGAACAACGGGGACUUCGAGGCCUACGCGAAGAUCUGCGACCCAGGCCUGACGUCAUUCGAACCCGAAGCCCUGGGCAACCUGGUCGAGGGGAUGGACUUCCACAGAUUCUACUUCGAAAACUUGUUAUCCAAAAACAACAAGCCCAUCCACACGACCAUCCUGAACCCCCACGUGCACGUGAUCGGGGAGGACGCCGCCUGCAUCGCCUACAUCCGCCUGACGCAGUACAUCGACGGGCAGGGCCGCCCCCGCACCAGCCAGUCCGAGGAGACCCGCGUCUGGCACCGCCGCGACGGCAAGUGGCAGAACGUCCACUUCCACUGCUCGGGGGCGCCCGUGGCACCGCUGCAGUGAAGAGCUACCGCUGGCUGUUUUGGUUUCAUCCUGAAGGAGAUGGUGAUUUGAGCUGAGCCGCUAGCCGGGAGCAGCGGUGCCAAGCACGCGCCCGCAUGCACGUGUCCCCCUCCCCCUGCCCGUUUCCAGUGCCUGUGUUUGCAGAAAAAUACCAACAAAAAAAAAACAAAACAACAACAAAAAAAACCAACCCGACCCCACCCCAAGCCCAGCCCGGCCGUGACCUCUCCAGACCCAGCCGCCCCCAUCCCUGCCCCCCCGUGUCCGUCCAGCCAGGUGAGCAGGUGUUGCGAUGAAACUGUUCCGACUCUGAUACAAACCUUCCUUCCAAAGCCCCGCGCCGCCCGCCCCCCGCGCUGCCCGCCCCUGCACUGAGCGGCGCUCCGCCGAGACGACUUGCAUUCUCUGUCGAAGCAUGGACCUUCCCCGUGGUCGUGUCCCGUGGUCGUGUUUGCGCUUGGACAUCUGUGACCUGUUUUUCGAACCGUUCCUCGACAGCGGACUCUGCUCCCGAGCGCUCGGGCUUCCCCGGAUCUUCCCCUUCUAGUUGUGCUUGUGGAUUGUUCUGAUGACGAUGACAUUACUAUUCUUCGGACGCCUCGUUCGUUUCUUCUUUGGUGGGUUUGGUCGCUGGAGCCGUGGCUUUGCUGGGCCUGGAUCCUCACCCCGUCCCCCGCUAGCCAACGGCUGGCUUUCCCCACACACCGCCGACCCGGGGAGUGGGGGGGGAGAAGGGAGUGUCGUGAAGUGGAGAUGUGCCGAAUUCUUGCCAAGGCCUAGAGCUUGUGAGAUGCACCCACACCCCAGACCCCUAAGACCUGCUGGUGGUGGUGCGGUUGUGCCCGGAUCUGCUCAGGGACGGUCCCCGGGUGGCGGAGCUUGGAGGCCUGGCAUGGGGUGACACACCAAGGCCUCUCUCGGCUAGUGCCAGACACUGAAUUUCCAGAGGGAUGGGCAGGGAAGCUCGAAGUGGAGAGCUGAGUGUGGUAGGGUCAAUCUUGCUCCCCCAGCGGCCCCAGGGGAUCUCCAGCGUCCCAGCAACCCAGUCCCAGAGGAGUGUGGUCUCCAGCUAAGCCCACUGCCACCGCCCAGCACUCCGUCGGAUUCCCUGUAGGGGAGAGGAAAGCGAACCGGGGUUUCUCUGCUCCUGUCUCCAGCUCGAAGGUGUGAGCAGAGCUGCAGCCACCGGGCUCUGAGGGAUGGCAGUACCACCGCAGGGCUGGAUUCCCUCAAGAGCGAGGGGCCAAGCCGCCCUUCCAAGUGCCUGCUGCAUCUGCCAGGGGUGUGGGCUUCUGGCUGGGUAGGGUCCCCUCCUCCUCCUUGCCCCAUCCAUGUUCAAU